AAAUUCUGAAGGUAAUAGCUGCUCUGCUGAAGAACUCUCCCCCAUCCCCUGAGAGCAUGGAGGUGCGCAAGGUCUUUCUGUCAGACAUGAUCAAACUGUUCAAUAACAGCCGAGAGAACCGCAGGAGCCUGCUGCAGUGCUCUGUGUGGCAGGAGUGGAUGCUCUCUCUGUGCUUCAUCAACCCGCGUAACAGCGAGGAGCAGAAAAUCACAGAGAUGGUGUACGCCAUCUUCCGCAUCCUGCUUUACCACGCCAUCAAGUACGAGUGGGGCGGCUGGCGCGUCUGGGUGGACACCCUGUCCAUCACCCACUCCAAG